AUGUUGAAAGUCAAAAAGGAGCUUAAGGAUUUUGAAUUUGAAUCACCUCAUCGAGAUUUGCUUCAUUUGUGUCUUUCUUCGCCUAAUUGUAAUAGCGACACUUGUUUUCUCGAAUCAACACCUGUUACAGGGAACAGAAAAUCCCAAAUUAGCUUCACAAAAAGAUUAUGGACAGAGGAAGAGGAUAAUCUUUUGAUUGAAACAGUCAAGAAGCAUGAUGGAAGCAACUGGAAAAAUAUAGCUGCGUGCCUUCCUGGGCGAACUGACGUCCAAUGCUUCCGUCGCUGGCAAAAGGUUUCAAAUCCUGAUCUUGUAAAGAGAACAUGGACAAAGGAGGAAGACGAGUCCCUAAUUAAACUAGUAAGAAAGUAUGGUUUUAAGAGAUGGUCUUUUAUUGCGAAAUCCAUGCCGGGUCGCAUAGGAAAGCAAUGUCGAGAGAGGUGGCAUAAUCACCUUGAUCCGACUAUAAAAAAGGAUUCUUGGUCGGAGGAGGAGGAAUUAAUACUUACUCACUAUUACCAAAUCCAUGGCAGUAAAUGGUCAGAAAUUGCUAGGGUUCUUCCUGGAAGGAGUGACAAUGCUAUAAAAAAUCAUUGGAACUGCUCAAUGAAGAAGAAGUUGUCUGCAUCACCAAUCAGAUGUGACAUGAAUAACGUUUCCACUUCCAGUUUCUGCAUUCCUUCAAUAAAGCCAUCACAUGAUUUGGUUAAAGCUGAAGAUCAAAGUUUAAUUGGAAUUGUUUCUCCCAAGCAAAGUCACUGGUUGAAACACAGUGCUGAUAACAGUUUUUGUUUCGCAACUCCUAGGGACUAUGAAAUGGAAACAGUUAUGAGUUGCAAAGACCAUGACAACCCUAAGUUGUUUGCUACGAAUAUGAAUUGUUUCCCUUCCUCCGGGACUGUUACUGAUGAGUCCUAUAAUUCUCCUAAAUGGCAAAAGGUUUCUUUUACAGAUUCAAAGUUUGAUGCUGGUAAUGAAUCUGAUAGUUCUCAUUUGAGCUACUUAAAAUUGGUUAAUCAUGAGAAGAAAGUUUAUAUUGGAAGGGAAAACAAUAGCGAAAGCGACGUGAGCCCAGAAUGUGUACUAAGAAACUUAGCACUGACCUAUGAGAACAUUCCUUCUAUUAUAAGGAAAAGAACUUCUAGGAAGGAAUGUAAUGCUACCAAUUAUGACAAGUCCCAAACACCAUCUAGAAUUGGCUUAAGAUAA